UUUCAACAACCAAUUGAAAAUUCAAUCCAAAAAAAAUUAACCCAUCAUCAUGGCCACAUCAAUACUUACCGAUUGCAGUAGCUUUCAAGGUUCGACGACUAGCUCAUCGAGUGACAUGAUGACCGGUACAACGGCAGCCUCCUCAUGGUGUGCAAUACCAACAUCAACACGGAUACGGAUGGUGCGUCUAUUUCGGCCACACACGCGACGUGUGCUGGUGACGCCCAAUGCCACACCAUCCUAUGGAUUCUGUGUGAGAGGAGGCAAGGAAUUUGGUACCGGCUUCUUUGUGUCGACCGUGGAUCGCAAUAGUGAGGCGGAGCAAAAAGGAUUGCGGAUCGGUGAUCAGAUAUUGCGUAUAAACGGAUUUAGAAUCGAUGAUGCCAUUCACAAAGAAUUCUGUCAACUUGUAACUAGUCAAGAUCGCUUGGUCCUCAAAGUGCGCAGUGUGGGCAUGCUGCCAACAAAAGACAAUGACUCUGACGGUCUUUCGUGGAGUGUGGUCAAGACUCCCAGCAUCAGCAGCACACCUUCCGAAUGUUCCUUCCAGUCGACCACCAGCACGGAACACUCAGGCCUGCGCAACCGCAAUGAGCGAGUGGUAAAUAUUGUCCUCAAUGUUGCACCUCGUACCAAAUUGGGUCUAGGCAUUUGCAAAGGUCCCGAAUGGAAACCGGGUAUAUUUGUGCAAUUCACCAAGGAGAAGAGUGUGGCACGAGAGGCAGGUCUAAGACCAGGAGAUCAAAUAUUAACCGUUAACAGCAUAGAUUUCUCCGAUGUUCUAUUCAGCGAGGCGGUGGCCGUAAUGAAAAGCUCCAAUAAAUUGGAUAUGACAGUGCAUAAGGGUGCAGGAUGUGAUUUAUUCCCCGGCGAAUCGAGUGGUUACAAUAGUUCGGCAAGUUCAGUAACAGGAGAUCAAAGUCCAUGUUGGGGAGAUGUGAAAUCGAAGCGAUUGACUUCGGUAAGAGAAGAGUCAAGUGUGGUGGCACCACACUCACCACCUUAUCAAUCGGGGAAUGACAACAAACAUAAUUCCUGGAAUCAGGCUUUGUAUGAGAAUGAACCUAGAUCAAGAUCAAAAUCUAAUGCAGAAAGGUCCAUGCGGUCAGUGGAGGCAGAUUCCAGUUCCACUACAAGACCUAAUGCCACCUUGACGAAUACCACCAAACCCCACAAGGAAAUCAAUAAGACCAUUAUAAAACUCUCCGAGAGCGGAACUUCGAUUAACAAUACUUUUGUGUCCAAUUCACAGCAAAACAGCAGCACCGAUACUCUUAGGAAUUCAACGGAGACGGGCUCAACCUAUGAUUACAAUGCUGCUACAUUAACGAAAAAUAAUCAGCCCUAUGCGGAGGUGCAACGAAAUUCACCUCCUAUACCCCCACCGUUUGCCAUGCAAAACCCAGCUGCUCCCCCAGCUAUGUCCCACAAUUCCAGUAGCCAUAAUUUUUCCAACAAAGAGGGAAAUGUAAAAUUGGGAGGUUUAGCCUCUACCAUGCAAAGAUAUGCAUCGCUGGGUAAUUAUGUGGCCAUAAAUGAGUUACCCAACUCCCAGAAUGGUGGUGGUGCUGUAGCGGAUACAAAGGAGAUCUUGGGUACUUCAUCAGCUGACGGCUGUAGUCUCUCAAAUGCCAUUACGGAGGAGCUGAAAAAACGUAAGGCGAAACGCCAACCCAGUUGUCAGACCUCAUCCCAACGUAAUGAUGUCCUGACAACAAUAAAUGAACAAAAGAACUUGAAAAGCCAGAAUGCUCUCAAUGGUGCUGGCGAUCAACACAGUGCCCUUAUGAAUGAGUUCAAACAGGCCCACAAGCGAAUGUUCCGAAAUGGAUUUCGGGAUUCGGAAACGGAAGACAAGAGAAAAAAAAAAACGAAAACAAAAACAAAUACAAAACUAACUAUGCAAAACUAUUUUGACAAUGAGGCAACAGCGUCAGUGCACGCUACAAUGAAACCCGCUCGCAAUGGCAAAUGUUUGGUUACGAUCAGUACUUACGAGGAUCGCCAAGAAGCUUUAAAUCGUACAACAAUGAUGGAUGAUCCCACCACAUAUAGGGCUCAAGGUACAAAACCUCCAAUGGAAAAUCACCAGCAGCAGGCAAGGCCAGAAAAAAACAACCAGAGUAGUCAUAUACCUAAACCACCGCCCAUGGAACACCUGGCAAGCAAUUUGAGACAGCCCAAUAUUUAUCAAAAAUCCCAAAUAAUGAACACUCCACCUCCACCAGCGCCAUAUGCGAAUGAUCGACACAAUGUCGCAUUCAGAUCAUCAUUGGCAGGCAACACCACAAAUGGUUUUAGUUCAAAUGAAAUGCAAUAUAGGAACUCGAAUAGCAUUUCCAGCCCUUCGAAUAACAACAACCACAACAGCAAUACAACAAAUAAUGCCAAUAGACAAACCUUAAGGUUGGGCACAGUAACCAUAGGGGAAUAUCAUCAACAGGUUACACGCAAAGAACCCGAAAAGUUUGAUUUCAUAUCCUCGUCAUCUAAGCGUCAAGAUGGCAAUGACGCUUCCACACCACCCACAAAUGAGACAUUGCAAAGUGAGUUGCAAAGCACUUUGUCAAGGUCAAAGUUGAAAAAGACCAGCAAUGCUUCCCCCAUGGAACAUCAGCGUAAUUGUCCACUGCACCAGCAGCUGCAGCAUAAUCAUCACCAUUCACAGCAGCAGCAGCAGCCGCCGCCUCCCCAACAACAGAUGAAACAACAAGCGACCCAGCUUGAAUAUCAAAAUGUAAAUUUCAAUACCUUUACAGUAUCCGAGAUGGCAAAGAAAUUGCAAAAAACCUCCCUAAAUGGUGGUGGCUCUGCUAAUAUAUCAUCACCAUUUAAUGGUGGCCCUGGUGCCAGCAUUAAUAAUGGCAACGGUCACAACCACUCUCCCGCUGCUGUCGGUGGUAUUCUAAAGAAUGGCAAUCGCAAUCAUUCAUCCAACAAAUCCACCGAAAAGUCCAUUAAAUUCGGUUAGAUUUACAAAUGUCAGCAAAUGGCUAGAAACGGGAUGCGAAUCAUUUGCAACUGUCACUAAACUUGGGCG